CACCUGCCACCAAUCCCUAACAUUUUCCACAUAUCCUCCCCCUUUUCCCAAGAAAAUAUAGAAGAAAAAAAGACCCCACUUUCAAUAAUUUUCUUUCUUCCCAAACAGCUCCCGCCCUUCUUCAAAGCCGGAAAAUAUAACCAAACACUUCAAUCUUUCCGGCGGAGAAUGGCGUCCCCGGAGAACUCCAAUUAUUGGUCUCACUUCGAUUAUACGACCUUGAUCGACGAUAUCCCUGUCCCUGACGGACGUUAUCCCGGUUUUUCUUGGUCUACGCAGCCAAUCGACGCUCCUUCUAAUGUCGUCAGUGUGGGAAUUGAUGGCUCAUUUGGAGAUUCAGAUGGUCUAAAGGAAUCUGGUUCAAAGAAGAGGGUUAGAUCCGAAUCAUGCAAUGCAUCAAGCUCCAAAGCAUGUAGGGAGAAAUUGCGUAGGGAUAGGCUAAAUGACAAGUUUAUGGAGCUGGGUUCUAUUCUGGAACCUGGAAGGCCUCCCAAAACUGAUAAGUCUGCUAUUUUGAUUGAUGCUGUCCAAAUGGUGACCCAAUUACGAGGUGAAGCCCAGAAAUUGAAGGAUUCAAAUACAAGUUUCCAGGAAAGGAUUAAAGAGCUGAAGGCUGAAAAGAAUGAGAUUCGUGACGAAAAGCAGAGGCUGAAGUCAGAGAAGGAAAAGUUGGAGCAGCAACUCAAAGCAAUGAAUGCACAACCUAACUUCAUGCCGCCUACACCGCCGGCAAUUCCUGCUGCGUUCGCUGCCGCCCCAGGUCAAGCUCCUGGGAACAAGUUGGUUCCUUUCAUUGGUUAUCCUGGAGUUGCAAUGUGGCAAUUCAUGCCGCCUGCGGCAGUGGAUACCUCACAGGACCACGCCCUCCGCCCUCCUGUUGCCUAAGUCGGCAACCAACAAUGAUUAGGGUUUGUAUUUUGACGCAAACAAGGGUAUUAGUCAUGUCAUUGUUCUGAUUUGUUUUAGUUCACUGAAGUUUUUCUAACUGGCUUUGUUGGGUGACUGCCUGCAAUUGUUCUCCUAUGAUUUGGUGCUGGUAAUUACAUGUAAAUUUUUAAUAAGUUCAUCUGGCAACCUUUGUUUUUCUCUGUUCUAGGUUGAGGUUAGGUACUCGUGUCUACAAAACAAUUUGUUUUGUGGUCACUUUUCAUAAUUAAUUUUAUUUUGCUUCUGUUAA